UUUAUCAAUAAGAUGCAAAUGCUGUAGAGUUUAUAAGACAUGAAAAAUGUCUAGUUUCUGGAUUUUAUUCAUGACCUUCAGCACUGUAUAUAUAGUCCAACCUGGUAGACGCAGGGUUUCUGCACAAACCCUAAAAGAUGCAACAGUUUAUCAGCCUGAUAAAGAGCUCAGUGUGGAUAUCGGAGACUCGGCUACUCUGCGCUGUUGUAUUUCAACAGUGGGUUUUGGUGACAUAGCUUGGUUUAAGCAACCAAACAGAGAAAAACCUCAGAUUAUAGUCAGUUUCUUUAGGACUGCUGGGGAAACAUUUUACAAUGGAUUUGAAAAGUCUAAAUUUAUAAUUGGAAGAUCUUCUGCUAGAAACUGCUUUAAUCUGACCAUUUUAAACACCACUCCAUCUGAUGAAGCCGUGUACUACUGUGCACUCACAUACCCAUCGCCUGAGUUUGGUGAUGGAACUUAUUUAACAAUUAAAGAUGUUACCAAUGCAUCAGAAACAUCUAAACCAGCACUGUGGGAUAAUUCAGUGGUGUGUGAACCAGCAUUGGAUGGAAACAGCACUAACAUCAACACACAAGAGAAAAAAUUGCUCGGUUUGGGAACGGCUUUGGUUUUCUGUGUGCUUCUGAUAUUCAGUCUCACUUAUCUCAUACUGAGGAGAAGAAAAAACGACACCUGUAUAUUAAAUGCUUCUAUAGAAAACUGUCCAGAAUUGAGGCAGGAAUCUGAAACUGAAAUAGUAAAUUAUGCAGCUUUACAAUUCUCCCAGAUGAAACCCAAAGCUAAAAAAAAGAAAACUGGUCUAUCGGAUGAUUGUACAUACUCUGAUGUGAAUAUAAAGUAAUAAUCUAUAAUGUACCGAAAAUAAUUUACAACUUAUACACUGCAAAAUUACAGUUAAAUAUUGUAUCCAGUGAGAAUAUAUUGAUUAUUUUCACAAUAUUUAACUUUAUGACAUUAUAACAACUAAGAUAAUGCAAAACCUUAUUUUUUUUUUUAUAUCUUGUGGCAUAAUUUCUUUAACUCAUUUUUGCUGAAUACAUGUAAAUGCAAAUAAAUUAAAUAAUAUAACAAAGGCUUAUUUAGAAAUAUGUAUAUACUAUAUCUAAUGUAUAUACUGGAAUACACAAUGUAUUAUCUAAAAUAUUGUGAAUUAGCUUUAUAUACAAGUCAUGGACUGUGAUUUAUUUUGUAAAACUUCAACACAGUUUACUUUAUUCAAUGUGAAUCAUCAGACAAGAAGGAUGAAUCUUUCCAUAAAUAAAUACAUAAUUAUUUAUUGUGCAGUACAGAUCACACUUAAUGCUACUUCCUGCCAUCUUGCAUAUAUUGAACAUGUACUUUUACCUGCUUCCUCACAACAAAUGUAUAAACCCAUGACUACAUUGUGUUUCUUAUUUUUACUAAA